AUGAUCUGACUAGAUGUGCCAACACCUUGAGCAAUUAGAUUCCAAGACUCAGCUACACCAAAUAGCGAGGGUAUUCACGAAUUAUACGACCAUAUUAUGUAUUAUCUUACAUUAAUAUUAGGUUUAGUUUCUUAUAUAUUAUAUGUAAUUAUUAAAGAUUUUAGACAAAAUAAAUUUGCAUAUAAAUAUAUAAGACAUGGACAAACAAUUGAAAUUAUAUGAACAAUCUUCCCAGCUGUUAUAUUAUUAUUAAUUGCUUUCCCUAGUUUUAUUUUAUUAUACUUAUGUGAUGAAGUAUUAACUCCAGCUAUGACUAUUAAAGUUAUCGGUCUUCAAUGAUAUUGAAAAUACGAAUAUUCUGACUUUGUUAGUGAAACAGGAGAAUCAAUUGAAUUUGAAUCAUAUGUUGUACCUGACGAUAUGUUAGAAGAAGGACAAUUAAGAUUAUUAGAUACUGAUACAUCUAUAGUUGUUCCUGUAGAUACUCAUGUUAGAUUUGUAGUAACAGCUAAUGAUGUAAUUCAUUGCUUUACAAUUCCUUCAUUAGGUAUUAAAAUAGAUGCUACACCUGGUAGAUUAAACCAAGUAAGUGCCUUACUACAACGUACAGGUGUUUUCUAUGGACAGUGUUAG